AUGUUUCUGGCCGACGGGGCGGGCCUUGGCCCACUCAAAAGUGCAUGGCCGCUCCUAUGGGAGCGAAAUGUGAGGAGCCAUCAUGCUCCUCGCAUAUCAGCAGAGAGGGAAAAUGGUGGCAACGGAGGUAUUGCAUCUCCGCAGGGAUGCUGCUCCUGGGUGUGUCUGUCCAUCAAAAUAGCCAUUGAGAUGUCCAUGCGAGACUUCCCAGAACCUCACCAACUUCACAGGUCCAUCUCUCAUUAUAUGCAACACCCAACACUCAUUCGACGAGCGGAGAGAAAAAAGUCCGACGAAACCUUUGACGCUGCGUUCCCGUCAGAAGGUACCGCACCGUAUCUUGUCAUCACUAACACUCUGAAAUUGGGUAUUCCGUAA